AUGCCCACAUCAUGGAGUAGAGAAGUGGUUGCUGGUUCAUACAUUUUACAAUGGUUUGGGGGGGGGGGGGAUACAAGGGCAAUUAUAGAUGCAACAUCAGUAGAAGUGUUUAUGAGAAAAAGAGCUAAUGAAACUUAUGAAUUAUUGGAAGAGUUGGUCAUGGAUAACUAUAAUUGGUCUACUGAGCGUGAGAAUAAGAAGGUGGUAAGAGUCUUAGAGGUUGAUCCUAUUGCUUUAUUGACCGCUCGAGUGGCAUCUCUAACCAAGCAAUUGCAGCAGAAUAACCUCAUCGCACAAGCAAUGCAAGCACUGGUUAUUGGUAACUUUUCAAGACCUACACCGAACACCUACUCAAAUUCAUAUACUCCUGUGUGGAAAAAUCACCAUAACCUGUCUCGGAAAAAUAAUAAAGGGUUACAACCACAGUAUCCACAAUACUCACCUCAACAACCCCCUCAUCAACUGACUUAUGGACUACAUUCUAGGCCUUAUUAUGAUCCAAACCCACGCCCAUCUCAUCCACCACCACAUCCUCCAAUGAACUCACCAACAAUGCAUCCAUACCAAAUAAAUCAAUUCAUGACAGAGACAAGGUCUUCAAUCAGGAAUUUGGAGACACAAAUGGGUCAAUUGGCUAAACUGCUUUCUAGUAGACAACAAGGGAAUUUUCCUAGUUCCACAGAGGUAAAUCCGAAAGAGCAAUGUCAAGCUGUCACUCUGAGGAGUGGGACUAAGUAUGAUGGACCUACAAUGGAUAACAAGGGGAAGAAGAUAGAGGAUCAACAUGUUACUAGUCCAGCACAAGAUGAGGUUACUGAAGAUCUUCCAAAGAAAGAGAAGCCAAAACACAUCGAGCCUACACCAAAGAUUCCUUAUCCUCAAUGGUUUUGGAAGGCCAAUCUUGACAAAAUAUUCUCCAAAAUUCUUGAGGUAUUUAAGAAACUUCACAUUAACAUUCCUUUUGCAGAGGCUUUAGAAAAAAUGCCUAGUUAUGUGAAGUUUAUGAAAGAGAUAUUGUAUAAUAAGAGAAAAAUAGAGGAUUAUGAAACCAUUGCAUUAAUUGAAGAGUGUAGUGCCAUUAUUCAAAAGAAGCUUCCUCAAAAGUUAAGAGAUCCGGGCAUUUUCACUAUACCUUGCACCAUUGGGAACUUUCAUUGUGAGAGAGCUUUAUUUGAUUUGGGUGCAAGAAUUAAUUUAAUGUCAUUGUCUGUUUUUAAAAGGCUUGGUUUGGGGGAAGCUAGACCCACAACUGUUACUCUUCAACUGGCUGACUGUCCAGUAACACACUCCAGAGGUAUUAUAGAGGACGUUAUAGUAAAGGUAGAUAAGUUUAUUUUUCCAGCGGAUUUUAUUGUAUUAGAUAUGGAGGAAGAUGAGGACGUGCCUAUUAUAUUGGGAUGA